CACCUGAUUAAACGUCAAAGACUGCUUGAGGUUUUGGGAACUGCACUAUCAAUCUCCCGCGGCGUUGCUUCAGGCAAGGCAAGCAAUCAGUGAAGCCUGACCUGUGAUAGGAAGCAGGAAGGGUUUGCUGAACUUUUCAACAUAUUAAACAGGAAAGCUCCGCGCUGCCUUGUGUUCUACCAGGUAAUGAAAUCAAGGUAGAACACGCCAGCCUGAAUCCUGACGGUCUGCUUGCUGUGGGAAAGGAGUCUCUCUCUCUCUCUCCUUGUUGGAAGCUGCCUGUUGCAUGACUGUGUUGCUCCAGGAGUUGGGACAGCAGGAUCAUCGGUACUCUCUGGGUGACGCUGGGAGGUGGGUUCACGUCAGGAAGCCGCCUCCUCCCCAGCGGAGAGCACAGGAGGCCAACUGCGGGGCUGCCGAGCGCACAGUCCCGGGCCACUGGGACGUCCCGAGUUCUCAGCCAUGAGCCGGCCGGACCUCAGGAGGCUUUUCUCGGCGUGUGAUCUGAACCGCUCGGGGCUGAUCGAGUUGGAGGAUUUCUGCGGCGUCUGCCGGGAGCUCGGCGUCUCCAGUUGGCAGGUGUCCCCCCUCUUCCACAAGCUGGACGUGGACAACGACGGCUCCAUCAACUUCAACGACUUCACCGCCGGCUUUGAGGAAGUUUCCGAGGUCCUCGACCUGUCCUCGUUCGGCUCAGACGGUUCGCAAGUGGCGCAGAAGUUGGCCUGGGACGAGUUUGAGGAGCGAUUCGGGGAUGGGGUGCAGUACCUGCGGAGCCGAGAGAAACUGGUCCAUUUCCACCAGCAGAUCCGCGCAGUUCCCGACCAUGAUCUGUGGCAGCAGUACGAGGAACUGAUUUACGGGUUGAUUAAGGACGGCAGGAUUCAAACCAUGGAGACCGAUAAUCUGGAACUGGCACUGAAAAGGACUGAAGCAAUGGCUGAAGUACGACUGUCUGAAAUGGAAGAAGACCUGCAACAACAAACUACAAGACUGGAGCAGAAAAUCCGUAAUGAGGAGCAGCAGAAACUUGAAGCAAAAGCAGCAGAAAUGCAGAAACACCACGAGGCUGAGAUUGCCGAUCUACAGGCAGUUGUCGACCGGAUGAAAAAGCUUAAUGAAGAGCUGUGGAAUUCUAAUUCUAAAGGGGAUGUCUCGGCACUGAAAGAACAGUUGGAUGAAUUGACUCAGGAAAAUGAACACUUGAGAAGUUCCCUUCUGAAGAGCCAAACGGACAUUUCUAUUCUUGAAGCUACACUGGACAAAGUCAAAAAUGAACUUUCUGAUCAUCAACAAGAUCAGAGUCGAGCAAAAGAAGUUAUAAAGAAAUUAACAGAAGAGAAUGAAGUUUCCACAAAUCAGAUACAGAUGCUUCAAGAAGCUAACAAGGCCCUUUAUGAUAGCAAUAAUGGAUUAAGAAGUGCUUUGGAAAAGAGUCACAGUGCAAAUAAAAAGAAGCAUUCCUUAAUUGAACCAGAUUUGAAAGAAGAACCAAAUGGAUUGCAUGUAAUUAACUACAACAGUAUUUCCAAUGGCGAUGCUGACUCCAUGAUUUUGAAUAAUGAUGAAUCCAGACACCGAAUAUCCGCAGUAGCAAACUGGGCAGAUCGAUACUUGGACAGUGGCGUGUCCACAUCUCAGGAUGUGGCAGAUUAUUCCUCCGACGAUUAUGACAGUGAUCGCAGCAAUGAUUCCCGUGAAACAAUGCACUAUAGUUACUCGUAUGUGGCAUCAGAUGCAGAGAUGCCAGAGGUGAGGACUGAGGUGGACGGAGUAGCUGGAAGCUGGAAACCCUCGCGGCCUGUCAGCCGCUGCAGCUCCACGGCAUCUUCCCGGAGGCGUUUACCAGCGUUCUCACCCAAGACAGACAGGUUUGUGGGAGAUGACUUCCGGGGAGACGGACCGCUUUACAGACUUGUCCUUGCAGGGGAUGCAGGUUCAGGGAAAUCCAGCUUUUUGCUGCGGUUGUGUAUGAACGAGUUCAAAGGACACAUUCCUACUACACUGGGAGUUGAUUUCCAAAUGAAGAAGCUAUUGGUUGAUGGUGAAAGUGCCACAUUACAGAUCUGGGACACUGCAGGCCAGGAGAGGUUUCGCAGUAUUGCAAAGUCUUACUUCCGAAAAGCUCAUGGUGUGUUAUUGCUGUAUGAUGUGACCUCGGAGAUAAGCUUCUUGAAUGUCCGCGAAUGGAUUGAUGAAAUUAAGAAUUCUACUGAUGGCCCGAUACCAAUUAUUUUAAUUGGUAAUAAAAUAGAUUUAAGAAAUGAAAUGCCUCAAGCACAGCGUAAUGCUGUAUUGACUGCCCACGGAGAGAAGCUAGCUAUGACGUACGGUGCUUUGUUUUGUGAAACCAGUGCAAAGGAUGGGACCAAUGUGGUGGAAGCUGUUCUGCAUUUGGCCAGAGAAGCCAAAAAAAUGCAAGCAUCAGGAAAGUGAACCAGUGAUGAAACUACUGCCCAACAGAUGGGAAAAAAGUGGUGAACAAUUGCUGUAAAUGUAGAAGUAGGAUUUACUGACCUUUCUUGGGUUAUCCAUGGAUUUGUGAUGUGUUCAACCAAAUAUUAUCACCUUUUUGAAACCUUUACUCUCAUUUGAGAGCAUCUUUUUUAAAUGGCCAAUAUAUGGCAGAUAAUACAUAUUUUGAGGGUAGGUAGUUAUAGAUAUUUAAGCAAAGCACACAUUUUCUAUUUUGUGAUGGUAUUGUAUCAAUAUAAAACCUGACACUUUAAACAAAUGUAAAAAAGUAAAAUAAACUAGUUUUGUAAAAUGAAGGAAUUUGUUUGAAAUGGUAUGAUCUAUUCAAAACAAGC